CCUCAAAGCGUGGCUUGGAAAUGGCGCCAAAACAAACCCUUUGUAGAAUUCCAGCGAACACUUCAAAUGGUGUCUACUUAACUUCACUGCCCUAAACAAUCCUCCAUUUUCCCUCCAUUUCUCCAUUCUUCACUCUCUCCCUCUCCUCAACAUGCAACGGCAAAGGUCAAUCCUCUCCUUCUUUCAGAAACCCUCGCCAGAAAACCAAAACUCCGGCGCCGGAGACAAGCUCAACGGCACUGGAAUCCGCCAUAAUCUCCCUUCACAGCAAAGCUUUAAUGGCGCUACUAACAAACCUAACACCACUAAUUCUAAACCUGCUGUUUCUACUCUCGAUGAAAUCCGAGGAACCGACACUCCUCCCGAGAAAGUUCCUCGUCAGGUUCUGGUUGAUAAUUUAACUCCCACUGAUAACCGGAAAUCUUCAGCUUUCACUAGUAUUAUGCACAAAUUUGCCAAGGCCAAUCCAAAUGACAAAUAUUCUCAGCGGAACCAAGACCAUGGUGGUUCUUCGGUUGUUUGCUCAAUGUUUGAUAUAUUUAAUGAAUGCAAAGAAGUGCCCCAGGAAUCUGGCUCUUGUAAGGUUCCUGAGAAUAAUUUUAAUGGGGCACUAAGUCAGCACUGUUCAGUGAACAACAACAGUGAUGCCAUUGAUCUCCACCCAGAAACACCAUUGGGCCGACCUUUUGUUCCACGCCUAAAGAGAAUUCAAGAGGAUUGUACUAAUUUUGGAGAUAUAAGUAAUUUCAACCUGACAAAUUCUAGCAAAAGAGUGAAAUUUCGUGAGGAAGAUUCAAAGCCAGGAAACAAUAUUUCUCAGGAUGUUCCGGAAGUAGGUAGUAAGUUUGAGUGGCUCAAUCCUUCUAGAAUUAGGGAUGCAAACGGAAAAAGGCCUACUGACCCUCUUUAUGAUAAAAGGACACUAUAUAUACCACCUGACACCUUGAAGAAAAUGUCAGCAUCACAAAAACAGUACUGGAGUGUUAAAUGUCAAUACAUGGAUGUGCUGUUGUUUUUCAAAGUGGGAAAGUUCUAUGAACUUUAUGAGCUAGAUGCUGAAGUAGGCCAUAAGGAACUGGAUUGGAAAUUGACAAAUAGUGGUGUGGGGAAAUGUAGACAGGUUGGUAUAUCUGAAAAUGGCAUUGAUGAUGCGGUGCAGAAGUUGGUUGCUCGAGGGUAUAAAGUUGGACGAAUAGAGCAGCUAGAGACAUCUGAUCAAGUAAAAGCAAGGGGUGCAAGUGCAAUUAUCCCUAGAAAGUUGGUCAGUGUGAUCACACCAUCAACAGCAGCUGAUGAUAACAUUGGCCCCGAUGCUGUCCAUCUCUUGGCAAUAAAGGAGGGAUCUUGUGGGUUGGAUGGUGGCACUACAGUAUUCGGUUUUGCUUUUGUUGAUUGUGCUGCAAUGAAAGUGUGGAUUGGUUCUGUCAGUGAUGAUGCUUCCUGUGCUGCUCUAAUGGCCUUGUUGAUGCAAGUGUCACCGAAGGAAAUUAUUUAUGAAACUCGAGAUUUAUCAAAAGAAGCUCAGAAAGUGCUAAAGAAGUACUCAUCUACAGGUUCCACGGGUGUACAAAUCACACCCAUGCUUCCCGUUAAUGGUUUCUUAGCUGCCUCAGAAGUGAAGGAUGUGAUCCAGUCAAAGAAAUACUUCAAAGAUUCUGGCGACCUGUGGGAUCAUCUGCUUGAUGGUGUAACAACUCAUGAAUUUACCUUGUGUGCUCUGGGCGGCCUCAUUGAUCAUUUAUCCAGGCUGAUGUUGGAUGAUGUUUUAUGCUAUGGAGAUGUGUUGCCAUACCAAGUAUAUAGGGGUUGCCUCAGAAUGGACGGACAGACACUUAUCAAUCUUGAGGUUUUUCAUAACAACGCUGAUGGCGGCUCAGCUGGUACAUUAUUCAAAUAUCUUGAUAAUUGUAUAACUCCUUCUGGGAAGCGACUUUUGAGGAGUUGGAUUUGUCACCCAUUGAAGGACGUUGAGGAAAUCAAUAAUAGACUUAAUGUGGUCGAGGCCUUAAUUACGCGUUCAGAAAUCAUGUUAAUUGUGGCACAAUAUCUGCGCAAGAUUCCAGACUUAGAAAGGUUGCUUGCCAAGGUUAAAGCUAUGGUUCAUUCGCAAGCUAUACUCACGAUGCCGCUGGUAGGAAAGAAAACAUUGAAACAAAGGGUGAAAGUAUUUGGAUCGAUUGUAAAAGGUUUUCGAAUUGGGAUGAACUUACUUAUUUUGCUACACAAUGACGAGCAUCUCAUGUCGUUGCUAUCAAAAGUCCUGGACAUCCCGCAGCUUAGUGAGCAUAAUGCCCUUAGUGAGUUUCUUAGCCAGUUUGAAGCGGCUAUUGACAGUGACUUCCCCAAAUAUCAGGACCAUGAUGCAACAGAAGCCGAUGCUGAGACACUUUCUAUUUUGAUUGAGUUGUUUGUUGAGAAAGCUAGUCAAUGGUCUCAAGUAAUAUUUGCCCUAUGUUGCAUAGAUGUACUAAGAUCGUUUUCUGCCAUCGCAAUUGAUUCAAGUGGAUCUAUGUGCCGGCCUUCUAUUCUACCACAGUCUACUUCUAAUACGGUUUGCCAAAAUAGCAAAGGACCUAUACUGAAUAUUAAAGGAUUGUGGCAUCCAUUUGCUCUAAGAGAAAAUGGAGUUCCUGUCCCAAAUGAUAUGAUACUGGGAGAGGGUACAAACGGCCAUCAUCCCCGGACUCUGCUGUUGACUGGACCAAACAUGGGGGGAAAAUCAACUCUCUUGCGUGCUGCCUGUCUAGCAGUUAUAUUGGCACAGCUUGGCUGCUAUGUGCCAAGUGAGAUGUGUGUGCUAUCAGUUGCUGACACUAUUUUCACGAGGCUUGGUGCAACUGAUCGGAUUAUGACCGGUGAAAGUACUUUUUACAUUGAGUGUGCGGAAACAGCAUCAGUUCUCCAAAAUGCAACACAAGAUUCUCUUGUCCUUCUUGAUGAGCUGGGUCGAGGAACAAGUACUUUUGAUGGUUACGCCAUAGCAUACGCUGUAUUUCGCCAUCUGAUUGAGAAGGUGAACUGCCGUUUACUGUUUGCCACUCAUUACCACCCGCUAACAAAAGAAUUCGCAUCUCAUCCUCAUGUUUCGCUACAACAUAUGUCCUGUGCUAUGAAGCCAAGAUCUCCCUCAGGAAAGGACUUUGAUUUGGUAUUUCUGUAUCGCCUAGCAGCCGGUGCUUGUCCUUCAAGCUACGGCUUACAAGUGGCUCUUAUGGCUGGAAUACCCAAGCAAGUAGUUGACGCUGCUUCAACUGCUGGCGAGGCAAUGAAAGAAAUGAUAGGGAAGAACUUCAAGUCAAGCGAGCAAAGAUCAGAGUUCUCAACCAUCCAUGAACAAUGGCUAAAGACCAUACUUUCUCUUCCAUGUAGCGAAGUGAGUAUUUCUGAUGAAGAUAAAUAUGACACCCUAUUUUGUGUAUGGCAUGAGCUAAAGAACUCGUAUAAGAACUCUAUGGAACCUGUAUAGAACAAUGCAUUAUGAUUUACGAGUAAGCUAACAUCUGAUACCAUCUGGUAAUUGCCUAUCUUGUGCCAGCUGAAAUUUUUGUCUAUAAACUCAAGUGGUAAUUUAGUUUGAUGUAAGAUAUAGAGCAUUCUAUAUACUCUGCUGAAAAGGCUAUUAAUGUAUAGUUGGCUGCGGCUUGUUCUAUUUCUCCUA